AUGUCCUCCGCCGCGGCCGCCGCGUCGAAGGUCAUCACCAUCGACGUCGUCAGCGACAUCGUCUGACCGUGGUGCCUCGUGGGGAAAAAAAACCUCGAGACCGCGCUCGUCGCGGCGAGACCGAGGGCGUCGUCCCCCGAUGUGACGUUCAAGACGCACUGGCGCCCGUUCUUCCUGAUGCCCCAAGAGGUGUGGCGCCGCGGCGUCGCGACCGGAGAGUUCCCCCGCGACGCGCAGACGAGAGGCAUCAACAAGCUCGACUACUACCACAGCAAGUUCGGCGGGCCCGCGCGCGUGACGCCCAUGUUCGAGCGCCUGCGCGGCGUCAUGGAGUCCGUCGGUAUUGACGGGUACUCCAUGGGCGGCAACACCGGUCCGACGAUCGACGGGCACAGGGUCGCGACGUACGCGGGCGAGCGCGAGUCGUUGGAGAAGCAGAACGACUUCAUGGAAGCGUUGAUGCGCGCGUACUUCACGGAGGAAAAGUGCCCCGCGGACCCGGACGUCGUGCGCGCCGCGGCGAAGCGCGCGGGGCUGGACGCGGACGCCGUGGACGAGCUGCUCGCGAACCCGACGGCGUAUCUGAGCGAGACGGACGAGCAGCUUCAGAGGUACGCUCGGGGCGUGAGCGGGGUGCCGCACUUCAUCGUCGGCGACGGGAAGCGACGGAUUUCGCUCUCGGGCGCGCAGCCGCCGGAGGCUUUCUUGGACGCGUUCGAGGAGCUCGGCGUCGUCGACGUCGACGACGCGUGAUGAGUGAUUCUCGGGAGGACGGCGCGGACGGCGCGGCUGGGCGAUGCACGUGACGAACGCCAUCGCGUAAAGCGACCGAAAGCGCUUCGGUCGCCGCGGGCGUUUCGAUGAAACCACUCGCCCGGUCGCCGCCGCCGCCGCCGCCGUCUGCGUAUGCGUACCUACUAGACUACGCUACUACGAUGUCGUGCCACCAAAAUCAUCGAGCGAGCUCGUCCGCGCGCGCUCUCAACCACCGCGCCAGCGCGUCGUGACCUUCCAACCUCGCCAUCUCCUGCGGGGUGUUCCCGUCGCCGUCGGCGAGCAUGUGCCUCCCGUCCAAUCCCCCCUCCGACAGCAACCACGCGCAGACCUCCGCCUUGCCCUUCACCGCCGCCUUGUGCAGCGCGCUGUGGCCGUUGUAAUUCAGGAGCGUCAAGUCCAGGCCGAGGCGCUUGAGGUACGCGCACAUCGCGACGUCGCCGGACUGCGCCGCCCACUGAAUCGCGUUGCACCCGAACGCGUUCGUCGUCGUCCAAUCCGCGCGCGCCGCGUCGACGAGCCACCGACACGUGUCCACGUGUCCUCGCCACACCGCCAAGUGGAACGGCGUCGUCCCGUCGUUCGUCGGGUCGUCCACGCUGACGCCGUGCGCGAAAUGCAACCACGCGCACACCUCCGUGCGGCCGUUGCGCGCGGCCCAGUGCAUCGCGGC